UAACAAUCCAUUCCGUUCGCUCCUCUCAAGUGUUGCGCACUUACUUUUAACAAAAAUUUUUUUUUUUUUUCUGUUAUAGUUAUUCUGAUACAAAACCACUGCCGUGACUGCAAAUGUCUCUGUGAACACUCGUCAAGCGUCUCCUCCGGAUUUCUGCGCUGACUGGAGAACAACCCAAGGCCGAUCUGGAGAUGAGGAACCAGAGGAAACAAGCUGGACUGUGCUUCAUGCCGGAUCGACGGAAGACGUUGACCUGUGUGGGGUUUCUUCUGGUUAUAGCUGCGUGUUUCCCAAAUCCUGCAGCUGGUCAGCAGGGGUUCACGGUGAACGUUACUCAGAAGCUCCUCCAGGCGGAGGAGCAGGAAAACAUCUCACUGACGCUGCUUUUCCCCUCGGACCCCGACGGACCCCCUCCACCACUGUACGUGAACCUGAUGUGCCCCAAAACUGUGCGGAGUGUCUACAACUACGACAGUGAUCCUGAGGCCAGGGAGUACGUCCAUAACGACUACCGUGGCCGUCUGUGGUGUUUCAAGUUCCCCUCUGAAGGCCGGGUGGAGUGUUCCAUCGCUGACCUGAGGCUGAGCGACUCGGGCAGAUACGUCUGCAUCAUCGCUGCUGGUGAUAAAAGCAACUCCACCAGUUUUGAUCUCGUGGUUACAGCCGUCCAACGUCCGCCUGAUGAUGAGAAACUGGAGCCGCCAAGCCGGAGCCGGAUGGGGGUUUAUGUAUGUUCUGGUUUGUGUUUGAUGACAGUUGCUAUCGUUGCUCUUUCAAUACGUUGUUUCACUUUUAAUCCUUCCCGUGAGGACAGUUAGUGUUAAAGGGCCCAGGUUUUCAGAUUUAGAUUUGUAACUACUGUACACAGUCUACCUCCUUUUGUUACAAGGCUGCUGUCAGCGAUCGCCAGUUCAAACGCUGCCACUUUCAAUGGCAUGAAUUGUGAAAUAUUUUAUUUCACCGUCUAGCCAGUCUAGUGAAUUUAGGCUAUUCAAUUCACUGAAGUGACCAGGCUUUAAUGUGGCAGCUGCAAAACAAAGCUGAAAAGUGAAUUUUUUUGAAAAGCUGCCAAAUCCAAAAAGUGGGAAGUAUUAAAGUUAGCAUACCUCACUGCCAGCACUUUAUUAGAUGGCGGACAGAUUGAAGUGAAACUCUGUUGCUAUCGAGCUGUCCGAGUUUCAUAGAUGUGUCUGAGCUCGUCUAUACUAAAGCACUUUAAAGGAAUACUCCGAAGAGUUUGGACCCACGCCCUGUCCCUAUCAUUUACAAAGUGAGAUAAGCUUAUAAAUACCUUUAUUGUGUCCGUGCGUCCAGUGGCUGGAUCCCCGCUGUUAGCAUC